AUGGGCUCCAAUGAGAAGGGGUCGCCCGCCAGGAUGGUUCUGCCUGUUCCAGCCAACGUAGCCCAAGAGCCCCGCCAGGGCUCUCCCCGGCGAAGCAGAGAGACCCAGAGGAACACGUCCCCUCGACGAGAAGGAGCCUCCGGCACCCGGUCCCAUCGAGGGAGCAGCCCUCAGAGAGCCAGUGAGUUUCUCAGAAGCUCCUCGCCCCCCAGAGGGAGCGAUGCAGGCCAGAGCUCCUCCCCUCGGCGAGGAAGUGAACUGUCCCAGAAUGCAUUGCCCCAGAGGGGAAGCGUCAGCGAGGCUCCUCGGAGACUGUCCGUUCCGCCGGCUGCCUCUUCACGGAAGGGAAGCGAGGUCUCCCAGGGCACCCUUUCUCAGAGGGGGGCCGAGGAACCCCGAAGGCCGUCUGCUCCAAGAGGGCCAAACCACCUCGUUCCGGGCCCUUCUCUGCGGAGAGGGAGUGGGGUCUCCGAGAAUUCGUUCUACCAACAACCGGGUGACCUUCCGCGGAACAAUUCUCCCUACAGAGGAAGCGACGCUUUCUGGAGCAGGACCUCCUCGCCAAAAGGGGGCGAACUCCCAGCUGGGACCUCAUCCCGCCGAGCGAGUGAGCUCUCCCAGGGACCUGCCUUGAGGUCAGGGUGUCAGGAAGAAAACGAGCUCUCCUUCGGGGGUCCUCCGCAGAGAGGGAGGACGUCCAUCCGGAACAUCUCCCCUCAGCCGGUGGUGGACUACCGGUGCGGCAAGUGUUCCAUCCAGCCGGGGCAGCUCACCAUGACGAACAGUCAGAUGCUGAUGGCGAUGCAACAGAGCCUCAAUUCACAAAGGGAGGAAAUCUACCAGAGGUCCCGGGCUGCAUCCAGAAUAGGGAGAACCCAAGUAGACAACAGAUGCAUCCCCAUCUCCCCAAAUCCGAGUGACUUGCCCCAGGUGACAACCCAGAGCUAUUUGAGGCCUAUGGCAAGUCCCAGGGAGGAUUCUGCACAAGUAAAUCCCCCAAAGAGGGAAUCCUUUCAGGUGCCCAAGGCGUUUCCCCAGCUGGCACUGGAAUUGGGACCACAGGACACCUGCCAGCCACCUCGGAAACUCAUCCGCAAACACGUCCCUAACCCCAAGGAUGAGUGGACCCAGACGGAGCCGGCCUACAAGGUCUCCGUUUUCCCAAAGAGCGACUCUCCUCAAGCAGAGGUGUGGUUGGCCCUUCCUCUCCCCACAGAGGCUGAAGCAAGGAGGAGCUCUCUUGAACCGCACUCUGAACCCACCCGCCGGAAGAGCUCUCCUCCCAGGGAGCCAGACACGAGGCGGGCCACCCCUGAACCGCCCCCUGAACCCACCCGCCGAAGGAGCUCUCCUCCCAGGGAGCCAGACGCAAGGCGAGGCACCCAUGAGCCCCCUCAAGAACCCACCCGCCGGAAGAGCUCUCCUCCCAGGGAGCCAGAUCCGAGGCGGGGCACCCUUGAACCACCCCCUGAACCCACCCGCCGAAGGAGCUCUCCUCCCAGGGAGCCAGACGCGAAGCGGACCUCCCUCCAGGCAAGGUCUGAACCAAUCCAGGCCAUCUACAGGCCUUCCCUCCACCCUGUGUAUGAAUCUGAGUAUCGCUGCCCAAUCCACCAGGAGAUGGAGGAUGCUUGGAAGCGGGCUCUCUCCCUGGGGCAUGAGCCAUCUGGCCAGCAACCCCUUUCCACCGCCGAACAGAGAAAAAGUUCCCUCCAAGCCCGGCUCGAACCGGCUCCAAGGGGAUCCGUCCCUCAGGAGCCUGAGGCAAGAAGGGUCUCCUUGCUGAAAGAUGUCGAAGCCAAGAGGACCCCCCUCCAAACAGUCCCCAAAUCCACCAUUCGUGUGCCCCCCUGGCCUGACUCUCUGCCGCAAGAAUUCCAGCCUGUCUACAGACCUGCUUCCCACCCAGAGAGCGAAUCUGAGUACAGGUGCCCUUUCCAUAAAGAAAUGGAGGCAGCCCUCAGCCGGUCCGCCCCUCCAGGGACUGAUAUUCCACACAGGGGCUCCCUCGUCAGGGAGACCCCACAGCACGGGAGCCUUGGGCCAGCUUGGACCCAGUCAGAACCUGGCCUUGAUGCCCAUCAGGUUCCGAGAGGUUCUCUUCAGCCCACCACCGCCACCAUAGCAAGACCCAGGCCCUUGUCGGAUCCAGAGGCCACCGUGAACUGGGGACUCUUGCCUCCAAGGCCCUUAAGCAAGUUUGGGCCUCAGUCAACUUGGUGGCCUUUGCUCCAGCCAGGCCAAAGCCCUCCCACCCCGGAUGUGAUGGACAGGCACCUCAGCCUACCAGCUCCAGACCUUGGAGAGAAGCAUCCCAGCUUAGCUCUGCAUUUGAGGGAGAAGCCCUGCAGCUUGCCAGCUCCAGAUUUGAGGGAGAAGCCUCGCUCCAGCUUAGCUCCGGACUUGAGGGAGAUGUUAAGCAGCCCGCCGGCUCCGGACCCAGCAAAGGUCGCGGCGGCUUUUCCUGGGGAGCUGGAGGAAGCCUUGGGUUUGCCGCAGGAUGCCAUUUCCACCUCAAACCAAGACCUGCCAAGACAGCCAGCGUGUUUUGAAGAGCCGUCUGCCCACCUGGACCAGAGGCCGCAGUGUGUGGGCCCCAGCAGUGAGGCCGAUGACCUCAUCAACCUGCGGCGAGGGAAGGACCCCCUGAGGUUUAGUGCUUUCUUUGUGGGUAUGUUGCAGGAGUCUGCUGGGCUGCAUCUCGUGCCACCAGGCCGGGCCCCCCCUUGAGGAGGGCAGAGGAGGCUGCGCUCAUCAGAGGCAAGGUGGAUUUGCAGAGAUGAAAUAAAAAGCCCCCCCUCCACCCCAUUAGUUCCAUAAUAAUAAUAAUAAUAAUAACAGCAAUAACAACAACAACAACAACAACAUGAAAUCAGCUUUAACUGUGAUUACUGCAUUGUAAGGGGUUGGACUAGAUAACCCUUUGUGUCCCUGCCAGUUCUGCAAAUCUAUGAUUACCUGUUUGCAUGUGGAAGGUCCUGCGUUCCAUUCCUGGUGUCCCAAGUUAGGUAGGUUUCUUUGCCUGAAACUCUGAAGAGGUGCUGCUGCUGCCAGUCAGAGUGGCCAGUGCUGAGGUAGGCAGGGCUGGACACAGUAGUGCAGUCAUCAGACCCGGUGAGGGCUGGUCCAAUACAUUUUGCCGCCUGAGGCAAAGGACAAGAUGAUACCCGCCCCCAUUUGACAUACAGAAUCUGACUGGACUCACAAAUGAGUCUUAUUUUGACAACAUCCCCAACUGCGCCUGAGGCAGGAGGGCAGCUUAGGGGGCGCAGGAGGAAGGGUUGCAGGACUGCUGUUUGCCACUCCUACGGCACCUGCCGCCUGAGGCUGCUGCCUCACUCUGAAGAAGGAUCCCACUGCCUGUCCAGCUGAGUUCCAUCCAUGAGUUUGGAGGUUGGCACCACCUUCUCCCCACUCAAGCUCCUUUGGGAAGAAGGCAGGGUAUAAAUUCAGUCAACAGAAGGCCUUUGGUCAGCCCCGUGUGGAAAAAUUGCUGCCCAAGGUCGCUGUUUCAACCUGCCUUAUGGUAGGGCUGGCUCUCAGUCUAGUUCCUGUUCAUCUAAGGGCAAGGCAGAAAAAAUACUGAAGUGUCCUUUUCAGUGUCUCUCAUUCCAUAUUUUCACAGUUUGCAUUAAAUAAAAAAAAAAUCCCCAUGAAAAUUCACCAGCAUUUUACUGUGAUUUCUUCCCAAUAUACACCUUAUUGCAUGUGAUAUUGCAUAAUCUACUUGUUUUGGCAAAACAGCUUCCCCAUAUGAAAUGCAUUUCUUUAUGUCAUUAUGCCAGACAUAUGCCUUUUAAUGCACGCUUUACUGCACCAAGUACAUGCACUUCUGCACAUGUCGCUUGGAUGGAGAAAUGCAUUGCAAAUUUCAGAGAAAUGCGAAUUUUGUAAGAUGAACUGUGUUUUGGUAGGCAGAUUGAUUUGGGAAGUGCGAAUCAGGUGGCUCCACCUUAAAAUGAGGAAAGGAUGGGAUUUCUCCACCUCUUCCAAGCACGAUCCUGCAUAUGGCACUCAUUCAGGUCAGCAGAGUCAGGGUCACAGUGCAGUGUAACAUUAAUUGGAGAUGCCCUUACGGAUUGAACUAAGGACCUUCUGCAUGCCAAGCAGGUUGCUUUGCCACCAGUGGCAGCUGCUGCCCAUUGGGAAUGGUUGUGUAUGUGUGUGUAAGGCACAGAGUCCGACACUAGGGGGUGCCAGAGGCAAUGGCAGGUGGGGCCAACGGAUCCUUGUUUGGAGGGGGCCUGGAAGAGACAAGAGGGGAAGAUUACUGUUGUUGCUGUUGCUGCUUUUAUUACUUAUUUAUUUUGUAAAAACAAAACAAAACCCUCAAGGCAGUUUACAAAGAGAAUACAGUGGUACCUUGGUUCUCAAACUUAAUCCGUUCUGAAUUCCGUUCCAAAACCAAAGCGUUCCAAAACCAAGGCGCACUUCUCCAUAGAAAGUAAUGCAAAAUGGAUUAAUCCGUUCCAGAUUUUUAAAAACAACCCCUAAAACAGCAAUUUAACAUGAAUUUUUACUAUCUAAUGAGACCAUUGAUUCAUAAAAUGAAAACAAUAAACAAUGUACUGCAGUCACACAAUCAAUCAAUCAGUAGCUGGACUGGAUUUCACACAGUCACAAAAAAGAGCCACGAAAACAAAAACGCAAAAACAAAAAACGCUGAGACAGACCUCGGCGUAACACUCAAAACAGAAGUGUGGCACUCCAAUCAGAAGCAUAACACUCAAAACGAAGCACGUUUGGCUUCCAAAAAAAGUUCACAAACCGGAACACUUACUUCCGGGUUUGCAGUGUUUGGGUUCCAAGUUGUUUGAGUACCAAGACAUUUCAGAACCAAGGGACCACUGUAAAGCAAUAAAAUUAUCAGUGAAACCAACUCUUUAAAACAUUUUAAAAGAAUCAAAACCAGCAAUAAACCCAAAACAGAUCAAAACGUCCGUCAGCAUUCUACCUGCCUGGGUAAGCUUGCCUAAACUAAAACGCUUUUAGCAGGCACCAAAAAGAGGAGAGCUCUGGUACCCCCUGAUGUCAGAAGGCAGGGAGCUCCAGAAAAUAGAUGCUGCCCCACUAAAAGGUUAAUUUCCCUACAUCCCACCAGCCCCAGGGGCCAGCAUGCCCAAAGUUUGGGGAUGAGUUGGAGUCUGACAAUAUCUUGGGGAGCCCCCACAUAUAUCCCUCUCCCAAACCCUCAUGCAAGCUGCUGGCUCUGUUUGCUGGUAGCAGGGCUGGAUCCGAGCCAAAACAAGGCCCUGGUUCUCAGCUUUCGAGGGGCAGAACAGCUUGUGAAGACCCUCAAGGUUGCCACUGGGAAAGGCGUGGGGCCUGUGCCACCUUCUCUGCCACCACUGUGGGCUUGGCUUCGCCAGAGUGCCUCCCCUCCCCGGGCAAGGAGGUGGUGCGGAUGCCAGCCUUUGACUCCUUCUUCUCCUCCUGAGUUCAGGAGCCUGGCCAAUAAAAAUAAUCCCGCAAGCAGGAUCCCCAGGCUGGCUGGCUAGCUUCCCUUCCUCUCCGAUGCUGCACUGCAGCUCCUAAUGCUUCUUUCCCUCUUCCUCUGUUCUAGAUGUCUCGGACGAGAUGCACACGGACGUUCUCUGGUGGCUGAAAGGUGGGUGUUUUUGGAGCGCAAUCCCAGGGGGCGAGAGGGAAGGGAAAGAAAGCAGAGUUCCUGUUUUGAUUUGUCAUUGUGUGUCUGUGCUGAAAUGGCUCCGUGGCCUUUCCUGAAAUUGUCCCUUCCUGGGAUCCUUUUCCUGCAAGCCCUGAAGAUGUAGGACCAGGGCCAAAUCGGGGUGUGUGUUCGGUGUCACAGAUUAACAAAAACUUGCUGCUCCUCCCAGCAAGGCGUUGUCCAUUUUCUAGUUAUUCCAUUUGCUGCUGCUUGACUAGCAAGUGGGGAGUCUUAAGUAGUGCCAUGAUCCUGACUUAGGAGUAAACCCCACUGGACACAGCAGGGCUUCCGAGUAAAUUCCCUCACUGGGUUGUUGUGGGGAUAAAAUGAAAAAGGGGAGACCAUGUGCACACCACCUUGAACUCCUCAGAGAAAAAGGUGGGAAAUAAACACACUAAAAAAAAUAAAUUGCUAUCAGAAGAGAAGCAUGUCCCAUUACACAGCAGCCGAAGCAAUACAGUGGUACCUCGGGUUACAGACGCUUCAGGUUACAUACGCUUCAGGUUACAGACUCCGCUAACCCAGAAAUAGUGCUUCAGGUUAAGAACUUUGCUUCAGGAUGAGAACAGAAAUCGUGCUCCGGCGGCGCGGCAGCAGCAGGAGGCCCCAUUAGCUAAAGUGGUGCUUCAGGUUAAGAACAGUUUCAGGUUAAGUACGGACCUCCGGAAUGAAUUACCGGUAAGUACUUAACCCGAGGUACCACUGUAUUCUGUAGAAGAUACCCUAAAUUCUUCAUUAACAGCAGAGGACUUACCAAAGAGUUGUCAAACAUUUUGAGGUUCUUCAUUAUAUCUGAUGCACCCCCCUUGCAGGCCUUGGCUGUAGACAUUUUUUCUUUGUUUCUGUUAGCCUGUGCAAAGUCAUGGUUUCUUUCCCGUCCCUUUCAUUUUUAGUGGCAAAUGUUCUUUGACGUUCACGCACAUUUAGUUCUUUCCACUUUUUUCUCUGACGCGCUCAAGGCGGCAUGCACGUGGGUCUCCCUCUUCUUCAAUUAAUGCCAAGAAGAACCCUGUGAGGUAGGCUAAGUCGACCACAAAACUCACUGGGUGGGGAACUUGGGGGCCAGCCACUGCCUCACAGGGUUGUUGUGGGGAUUAAGUGAGAGGAGAAGGGAGAACCAUUCACUCCCUGGAGAAGAAGGUUGCGUAGGGAUGCAAUAAAUAAUAACGUAGAUAAAGAUAAUGAGCAGAGAAAAACAUUGACAGGUUUGCCCCUCCCCUGGUUAGUGCACAAGCAUGGCCCAUUAAAACCCUGUCAUUCCUCCACUGAUUCACACCACAGGUGGGCUGGAGGACAUAAGGACACAAUAUAAGCCUGCUGGAUCGGACCAAUGGCCCAUCUGGUCCAGCAUCCUGUUCUCACAGAGGCCAAAUGGGAAACCUGCAAGCGGGACCUGAGUCCUCUCCCCUCCUGUGGUUUCCAGCAAGUGGUAUUCAGAAGCUUUGCUGCCUCCGACUGUGGAGGCAGAGCAGAGCCACAAUGGAUAGCAGCCACCGAUAGCGUUAUUUUCCUCCAUAAAUUGGUGCAAUCCUCUUUUAAAGCCAUGUAGGUUGGUAGCCAUCACUGCCUCCUGCGGGUGCAAGUUCCAUAGUUUAUGCGUUGUGCGAAGAAGGACUUUACUUUGUCUGCCCUAAAUCUCCCAACAUUAAGUACAGUGGUACCUCGGGAUGCAAACAGGAUCCGUUCCAGAGCCCCAUUCGCAUCCUGAAUGGAACAUAAGACGCAAUGGCGUGUCUGCAUGUGCGUGGGUCGCGUUUUGCCUCUUCCGUGCAUGCACGUGAUGUCAUUUUGAGCGUCUGCGCAUGCGCGAGUGGUGAAACCCGGAAGUAAUGUGCUCCGUUACUUCUGGGUUGCCGUGGAGCGCAACCCGAAAGCGCUCAACCUGAAGCACAUUCAACCUGAGGUAUGACUGUACAGUGGUACCUCGGGUUACAUACGCUUCAGGUUACAUAUACUUCAGGUUACAGACUCCGCUAACCCAGAAAUAGUGCUUCAGGUUAAGAACUUUGCUUCAGGAUGAGAACAGAAAUCGUGCUCCGGCGGCGCAGCCGCAGUGGGAGGCCCCAUUAGCUAAAGUGGUGCUUCAGGUUAAGAACAGUUUCAGGUUAAGAACGGACCUGCGGAACGAAGUACUUAACCCGAGGUACCACUGUAUUGGAUUCAGUAUUCCGUGACUCUUCCAACAUUCAAGGCACCACAAGGCUUUUCAUUGUCUUCUCUGUAAGCGGAUGUCUAGCCCUCUGGAAAUGCUAAGACAGAAUCCUCGUUGCUUGCUGCCACCCCCCACUAAAACCAGAAACUGAUUUGCAACAUACAAUUAGGUUGUAGGGGAGAGUGAUGCUGUUACACUCAAGUCCUGCUUGUAGGAUUCCCAUUGGGGGCAUCUGGUCGGCCACUGGGAGAACAGGAUGCUGGACUCGAUGGGCCAUAGGCCUGAUCCUGCAGGGUUCUUCUUAUGUUGGUAAUGGUAUUAGCCAAUCAGUCACUCAGAGCCAGCAAUUCUGAAUUUACCCAGAAUUUCCUGUGGCUCAGAGUGGCAUGGUUAAGGGAAGACAGGAGCAGCACUGAAAGAUGGUCAAAGGGCCAGGACUGGUCAGCAGAGUUCAUUCUCCCAUUAUCUUUAGAAUCGUCUUCUGGAACAUUUGUGGGCUGCCCCCUCACUUCAUACGUUUUUAAGUCUCUUUUUAAAACUCAUCUUUUUUUCCUAAGGCCUUUGGGGCUGGUUAGCGAGUUUUAUUAUACACGGUGCUGUGGAUUGUGAAUUACACAUUUUAAAGCAUUGAUUUUUUUUUGUUUAAAUUUGUUGUUUGGGGCUGCAUACCCUCCAGGGUGGAAUUUCUUAUUUUAAUUGUGUACAGAGCCUUGUACAUGGGUGGAACUAUAAUAAUUCAAUCAUCAUCGUCAUCUCAUUAAUAGCAACGACGACUAAAACAAUACCACUAGUAGUAAUAGUAGUAGUCAUCAUCAUAAUGACACAAAUGCUAAGAGUUGCCAUAUCUUUUGUGGCUGAACAGCGGCGGAGCAAGCCAAUCGGGCGCCUGGGGCGGCGCUUGUGCCCUGUGCCCAGGGACGGGGCCUCCGAGGAGUCUGCCUGCCUCCUCCCACUCAGCCGCCCUACAACUGAGGGGGAGAUGGCAGGCGGACCAUUUGGAACCUGCAGGUGCCCAAGCCACAGCGCCACUCCCAGGAGAGACACGUGGCUUGGGCGUGCUGCAGGCCCCGGCAUUUUGUCACCCCCCUCAGUGGUGACACCCGGGGCGGUCGGCCCCCAUCGCACCCCCUUCCUUCUCCCUGCGGCUGAAAUCAAAGGGCAGAGUCUGGGAGAUCAUAGGAUGGAGCCUUGCAGGGCCAGAUCAAAUAGGUGGCAAAGUCAGGCACUGCAUGGUGGAUCAGCUGAUUUGGGAACUCUGUGUUUGCACUGGAAGCGCCACAGCUGUUGGGAUUCCCUGGACUGAGAUGGAUGUAUUUUGGGAUGGAUGCAAUGGAUGGGUGUGGGGUGUUUCUCAUGGGGGGAAGGAGAAUGAGCCAGCUCUCCCUAGUCACCCAAAUGCAUCCAUCCUGACAGCCAUGGGGGUUCUGAGGCUCCUGCAAAGCCCCUCUGCUUGCCUCUUGGGUGUGACGCUGCACUAAUUUGGUCCCUUCUCUUUCUCGUCCUUGCCACCUCCUGACCGCCCAUCUCUCCAACCUCUUCCCUGCUUGGGACGAUGCCUCCUUGAACCCACCAGACGAAGAGGUAAGAGGGACCUUCUGUGUGACGUUCCCUUCAGCAGUUUAG